UAGACGAGGGGACGAUCGUAGCGCAGCAGUCUUGCGUUAGCCAUCAAGAUGGCCGCAAGUGACAGUAAAGCUCCGCUUAGAACAGUGAAAAGAGUGCAGUUUGGUAUAUUAAGUCCAGAUGAAAUACGUCGAAUGUCCGUCACCGAGGGCGGCAUCCGUUUUCCAGAGACCAUGGAAGCGGGUCGCCCCAAAAUGGGUGGUCUUAUGGACCCCAGACAGGGCGUUAUCGACCGCCACUCGAGAUGCCAGACAUGUGCCGGGAACAUGACCGAAUGCCCAGGACACUUUGGCCACAUCGACUUAUCCAAACCAGUUUUCCACGUUGGUUUUGUCACAAAAACGAUAAAAAUCCUGCGCUGUGUCUGCUUUUACUGCAGCAAAUUACUCGUUAGUCCGAAUAAUCCAAAAAUAAAAGAGGUUGUGAUGAAGUCAAAAGGUCAACCCAGGAAAAGGUUGGCCUUUGUGUAUGAUCUCUGUAAAGGAAAGAAUAUUUGCGAGGGCGGUGAUGAAAUGGAUGUAGGGAAAGAGGGCGAAGACCCCAAUCAAGCUAAGAAACAAGGUCACGGUGGUUGUGGCCGCUACCAACCUAAUAUCCGUCGCACAGGCCUUGAUCUCACAGCAGAAUGGAAGCAUUUAAAUGAGGAUUCACAAGAAAGAAAGAUUGCUUUAUCAGCUGAAAGGGUCUGGGAAAUCCUCAAACAUAUCACAGAUGAAGAGUGUUUCAUAUUGGGUAUGGACCCCAAAUUCGCGCGUCCUGAUUGGAUGAUUGUCACAGUAUUGCCGGUUCCACCCCUGCCGGUCCGCCCUGCUGUGGUGAUGUACGGUUCAGCUAGAAAUCAGGACGAUUUAACACACAAAUUAGCUGAUAUUAUUAAAGCUAAUAAUGAAUUACAAAAGAAUGAGGCUGCUGGCGCUGCAGCUCAUGUUAUCGCAGAAAAUAUUAAAAUGUUGCAGUUCCAUGUGGCAACGUUGGUAGAUAAUGACAUGCCCGGCAUGCCAAGAGCUAUGCAAAAAUCGGGGAAACCGCUCAAAGCAAUAAAAGCCCGCCUCAAGGGCAAAGAAGGUCGUAUUCGUGGUAACCUCAUGGGUAAACGUGUGGACUUCUCCGCACGUACCGUAAUCACCCCUGAUCCAAACCUCCGAAUUGAUCAAGUCGGUGUUCCCCGCAGCAUCGCCCAAAAUUUAACGUUUCCAGAAAUAGUGACCCCUUUCAAUUUCGAAAAAAUGUUAGAACUAGUCCAGAGAGGCAACUCUCAGUAUCCCGGAGCCAAAUACAUUAUUCGCGACAACGGCGAAAGAAUCGAUUUACGGUUCCAUCCGAAAUCGUCAGAUUUGCACUUACAGUGCGGCUAUAAAGUCGAACGACACAUCAGAGAUGGCGAUUUAGUCAUUUUCAACCGACAGCCCACUCUACACAAGAUGAGUAUGAUGGGGCAUAGAGUGAAAGUGUUACCAUGGUCCACGUUCAGGAUGAAUUUGUCUUGUACCUCACCAUACAACGCCGAUUUUGAUGGUGACGAGAUGAAUUUACACGUGCCACAGAGUAUGGAAACUAGAGCUGAAGUGGAAAAUUUGCAUAUUACUCCUAGACAGAUUAUUACCCCACAGGCGAAUAAACCAGUCAUGGGUAUUGUACAGGACACACUCACCGCUAUCAGAAAAAUGACAAAAAGAGACGUUUUUAUUGAAAAGGAACAAAUGAUGAAUUUGUUGAUGUUUUUACCAAUUUGGGAUGGUAAAAUGCCCAGACCUGCCAUCCUCAAACCUAAACCUUUGUGGACCGGCAAACAACUUUUCUCCCUGAUUAUCCCAGGAAACGUAAACAUGAUCCGCACACACUCAACUCAUCCGGACGAUGAGGACGACGGCCCAUAUAAGUGGAUUUCACCGGGAGAUACAAAGGUCAUGGUAGAACACGGCGAGUUAGUCAUGGGGAUUUUGUGCAAAAGAACCCUCGGUACGUCCGCCGGAUCUUUGCUUCAUAUUUGUAUGUUGGAGCUGGGUCACGAGGUGUGUGGUCGCUUCUACGGUAAUAUUCAAACUGUGGUCAACAAUUGGCUUCUUCUGGAGGGUCAUAGUAUUGGAAUCGGCGAUACUAUUGCUGAUCCUCAAACUUAUUUAGAAAUUCAGAAAGCCAUCAAAAAAGCCAAGGAAGAUGUAAUAGAGGUUAUUCAAAAGGCUCACAAUAUGGAGUUGGAGCCUACUCCCGGUAAUACGUUGAGGCAGACUUUUGAGAACCAAGUCAACAGAAUUUUGAACGACGCUCGUGACAAGACUGGUGGUUCAGCCAAGAAAUCUUUGACUGAGUAUAAUAACUUGAAGGCUAUGGUGGUGUCGGGUUCUAAAGGUUCCAACAUCAACAUCUCACAGGUUAUUGCUUGCGUGGGUCAACAAAACGUCGAAGGUAAGCGAAUCCCCUUCGGCUUCCGCAAGCGCACCCUCCCUCACUUCAUCAAGGACGAUUACGGUCCCGAAUCUCGUGGCUUCGUCGAGAACUCCUACCUCGCCGGUUUGACGCCUUCCGAGUUCUAUUUCCACGCUAUGGGUGGUCGUGAAGGUCUCAUCGAUACCGCCGUCAAAACCGCAGAAACCGGCUACAUCCAGCGUCGUCUCAUCAAAGCUAUGGAGUCCGUAAUGGUACACUACGACGGCACGGUGCGAAACUCGGUAGGUCAGCUCAUCCAGCUGCGUUACGGAGAGGACGGUCUUUGCGGAGAAAUGGUAGAAUUCCAGACUUUGCCCACGGUGAAGCUCUCCAAUAAAGCGUUCGAAAGAAAAUUCCGAUUCGACCCGAGUAACGAGAGGUACUUGAGACGAGUAUUCAACGAAGAGGUAAUCAAAGAUCUGAUGGGCUCGGGUGAAGUCAUCUCCGAGUUGGAAACGGAGUGGGAACAACUCCAGAAGGAUAGAGAGGCGUUGAGGCAGAUUUUCCCGAGUGGAGAGUCCAAAGUUGUACUACCGUGUAACUUGCAGCGUAUGAUUUGGAACGUACAGAAGAUCUUCCACAUUAAUAAGAGGGCGCCGACUGAUUUGUCGCCGUUGAGAGUGAUUCAAGGAGUCCGCGAGCUUCUCAACAAGUGUGUUAUUGUGGCUGGAGAGGACAGACUUUCCAAGCAAGCGAACGAGAACGCUACGCUUCUGUUCCAGUGUCUAGUCAGGUCGACUCUUUGCACUAAAUGUGUCUCAGAAGAGUUUCGUUUGAGCACUGAAGCUUUUGAGUGGUUGAUUGGUGAAAUUGAAACUAGGUUCCAACAGGCACAGGCUAAUCCAGGCGAGAUGGUGGGAGCUUUGGCUGCUCAGUCACUUGGUGAACCCGCCACUCAGAUGACACUGAACACUUUCCAUUUCGCUGGUGUGUCGUCGAAGAACGUAACUCUGGGUGUGCCACGUUUGAAGGAAAUUAUUAAUAUUUCGAAAAAACCGAAAGCUCCGUCUUUGACUGUUUUCUUGACGGGUGCGGCGGCUCGUGACGCUGAAAAAGCGAAGAACGUGUUGUGUAGGCUUGAACACACCACUCUUAGAAAAGUGACUGCCAACACAGCUAUUUAUUAUGAUCCUGAUCCACAGAAUACCGUCAUUCCAGAGGAUCAAGAGUUCGUUAAUGUCUACUACGAAAUGCCCGAUUUCGACCCGACGAGAAUCUCGCCGUGGUUGCUACGUAUAGAACUGGAUAGAAAGAGAAUGACUGAUAAGAAACUGACCAUGGAACAGAUCGCCGAAAAAAUCAAUGCCGGAUUUGGAGAUGACUUGAAUUGUAUUUUUAAUGACGACAACGCUGAAAAGUUGGUCUUACGUAUCCGAAUUAUGAACAGCGACGACGGGAAAUUCGGAGAUGGUGCUGACGAAGACGUAGACAAAAUGGACGACGAUAUGUUUUUGAGGUGUAUUGAAGCUAAUAUGUUGAGCGACAUGACUCUACAAGGUAUUGAAGCUAUUUCAAAAGUGUACAUGCACUUGCCACAGAACGAUUCAAAGAAAAGGAUUGUUAUAACUGAGACGGGAGAAUUUAAAGCUAUCGCUGAGUGGUUGCUUGAAACGGACGGCACGAGCAUGAUGAAGGUAUUGUCUGAAAGGGAUGUGGACCCUGUGAGAACUUUCUCCAACGACAUUUGUGAGAUAUUUUCGGUAUUGGGUAUCGAAGCUGUCCGUAAAUCCGUCGAGAAAGAAAUGAACGCCGUGCUUCAGUUCUACGGUCUGUACGUAAACUACCGGCAUUUGGCCUUGCUGUGUGACGUCAUGACUGCCAAAGGCCAUCUUAUGGCUAUUACACGUCACGGUAUCAACAGGCAAGAUACCGGUGCCCUUAUGAGGUGCUCCUUUGAAGAAACAGUGGACGUGUUAAUGGAUGCCGCCUCCCACGCAGAGGUCGAUCCUAUGAGGGGUGUAUCCGAAAACAUCAUUCUGGGUCAAUUACCUCGCAUGGGUACUGGUUGCUUUGAUCUAUUGUUAGACGCGGAGAAGUGUAAAAUGGGCAUUCCGAUUCCUCAAGCUCAUGGUGGGGAUAUAAUGUCGUCCGGAAUGUUCUUCGGUUCUGCCGCUACACCAAGCAUGAGUCCCGGAGGUGCGAUGACACCGUGGACUCAAGGCACAACACCUUACGUUGGUAGCGCUUGGUCACCACACAAUUUAAUGGGGAGUGGUAUGACUCCUGGAGGACCAGCAUUCUCACCUUCUGCGGCUUCAGAUGCCUCUGGAAUGUCACCAGCGUAUGGCGCCUGGUCUCCAACCCCUCAGUCUCCGGCGAUGUCGCCAUUCAUGGCGUCCCCACACGGACAAUCUCCGUCAUACAGUCCCUCAAGCCCGUCAUUCCAACCGACUUCGCCAUCCAUGACACCCGUCUCUCCUGGAUAUUCUCCAACCUCCCCUGGAUAUUCCCCUACAAGCCCCAACUACAGUCCGACAUCCCCCAGCUACUCCCCCACAUCUCCGAGUUAUUCCCCCACGAGUCCUAGUUACAGUCCCACAUCUCCAAGUUAUUCCCCGACAAGUCCUAGUUACAGCCCCACAUCUCCGAGUUAUUCCCCCACAAGCCCAAGCUACUCCCCCACAUCACCGUCUUACUCACCAACCAGUCCAAGUUACAGCCCCACAUCUCCGUCAUACUCCCCCACAAGUCCAAGUUACUCCCCCACAUCACCCUCAUACUCACCAACCAGUCCAAGUUACAGCCCCACUUCCCCCAGCUAUUCACCCACGAGUCCCAGCUACAGCCCCACUUCCCCCAGUUACUCCCCCACCAGUCCGAGUUACAGUCCGUCGUCGCCCAGAUACACCCCGGCGUCCCCCAGCUACUCGCCCACCUCCCCAAGCUACUCGCCUUCAUCACCACAAUAUUCUCCCGCGUCCCCCAGCUAUUCACCGUCGUCGCCCAAAUAUUCACCGACUUCUCCCAGUUACUCCCCCACUUCUCCGUCGUUCGCAGGAGGCAGUCCGCAAUAUUCGCCCACUUCACCGAGUUACUCGCCCACAUCGCCGAGUUACUCGCCGUCAAGUCCACAACAUACUCCGGCGGCGAGUUCGCGGUAUUCACCGUCGUCGCCGAAUUACUCGCCGAGCUCGCCGAGUUAUUCUCCCACGUCCCCUCAAUAUUCACCACACAGUACAAAGUAUUCGCCGACUUCUCCCACAUACACACCGACGUCCCCGAGUUACUCGCCGGCUUCACCGACGUACUCACCUCAGCCACCGAGGUAUUCUCCGUCGAGUCCGAGCUACUCACCGACAAGUCCGAGUCAGGAUCAAGACUAAGGACCUUGUGUUAAUGUUUAACUUUCUACUUUUUUUAUUUAGAUUCGUAGUUUGUACUUUGGGUUAUUUAUGCGUUGGAAUAAGUUUUUUUAGAGUCAGCACU